AUGGUGGAUAGUAAGGUCCCUCAGCCGGGACCGGCCAAGUUGAAGCGCAAUGCUGGCCCCGACGAGUGGCUGGAGGCCGCAAAGGAUUGCAAAUACCUCUCGGAGACCCAUAUGAAACAGCUUUGUGAGAUCGUCAAGGAGUUUAUGAUGGAAGAAUCGAACAUUCAGCCAGUCUCAACACCCGUGACCAUCUGUGGAGAUAUUCACGGCCAGUUUUACGACUUGUUAGAGCUAUUCCGGGUCUCUGGAGGCAUGCCCGAUGAAUCGGACGUCGAGCCGCCUAAAACGUCGCCUUCCGUAAUUACCUCGGAGGACAUCGAACCCCCUUCCACCAUUACCGAUCCUAAGCUACGCAAGAAAUUGAGAAACUCUGGACACUCGGAUGAUUUUGCAGACGAUGCGGGCUCGACUAGCAGCCAGCGCGCUCGGUCUUCCAGCGCAGGCUCGAAUGAGGUUACAUUGAAUCGAAACUUUGUAUUCCUCGGUGACUACGUGGACAGAGGGUACUUCAGCUUGGAGACCCUCACGUUGCUGCUGUGCCUCAAGGCGAAGUAUCCUGAUCGGGUUACGCUGGUACGUGGUAACCACGAGUCUCGCCAGAUCACUCAAGUCUACGGUUUCUACGAGGAGUGCUUUCAGAAGUACGGAAAUGCCUCCGUAUGGAAGGCUUGCUGCCAGGUUUUUGACUUCAUGACACUGGGCGCCAUCAUUGACGGUAGGGUGCUUUGUGUGCAUGGUGGACUGAGCCCGGAGAUUAGAACACUGGAUCAAGUGCGGGUGGUUGCGAGAGCCCAGGAGAUUCCGCACGAAGGUGCUUUCUGUGACCUGGUUUGGUCGGACCCCGAUGAUGUGGAGACAUGGGCAGUGAGUCCCAGAGGAGCUGGUUGGUUGUUCGGAGACAAGGUUGCAGAUGAGUUCUGUCAUGUCAAUGACCUGACCUUAAUCGCCCGAGCCCACCAAUUGGUCAACGAGGGUUACAAGUAUCACUUCGCCAACCAAAACGUGGUCACGGUGUGGAGUGCUCCCAACUACUGCUACCGAUGCGGCAACCUCGCCUCCGUAUGCGAGAUCGACGACGAUCUAAAACCGACGUUCAAGCUCUUCAGCGCGGUUAGUGACGAUCAACGACAUGUGCCGACGUCGCGGCCGGGCCGCAGUGAGUAUUUCCUGUAA